UGUGAUGAGACGUGAGACAAUAUUUUAGAGAAUAUUAAUGAAAUGGGUGAUUUAAAUGUAGAUAAUGUUGAAAGUCGUACGUAUUAUUCAAUAUUAUUACACGAUGUUAGUAAUAAAAUAAAGUCUACACUAGCUCAAGACAGCAGAACAACGAUGGAUGAAGUAAAUUUAGCGCUCAAGGAAUGCGGUUUUGGGAGGUUUCAUAUUAGAUUAUUAUUUGCAUCAUUCCUGGGACACACAGCUGGGGUAGUUAUGUCGUCUACUACUCCAUAUAUCCUGCCUGUUGCUGAGUGCGAUUUAAAUAUGGACUUGCUGGAAAAAGGACUACUAAAUGCCAUGCCGUAUGUUGGAAUGAUGGCUUCUUGCUUGGUCGCCGGGUUUCUAACAGAUACAUUUGGACGAAAGAAGUUUUUAUUGAUUGGAUUUGGCGGCCUUUUUAUAUUUUCCAUUACUUCAGCUCUUAGUCAGACGUAUAAUAUUUUAGUGACAUCGAAAUUCUUCGAAGGCUUUCUAUCCGCGAUGUCAUUUAGUCCACUUCUAGCGCUCUCCUCUGAGCUAUGCCACCCAGGGAUCAGAGACCGGAUUAUGUUAUUUCAGUCCUCUUUUGUGGCAAUUGGACAAGUUGUACUUGCAUUUAUUACGUGGGGUAUACUAACCUUUGAUUGGACAGAUUCGUAUUUCAACGGAAUGUUUGUUCUCCACACUUGGAACUACUAUCUCUUGAUUGUAUCAUCUUGGUCGUUGUUCGCAACAAUUUUUUAUACAUUUAUUCCGGAAAGUCCCAAAUAUUUGGUAACUCGGCACAAAUACGAGGAAGCCAGGAGCGUGCUCAUUCAACUGUACACCGAAAAUACGGGAAGAACUGCGGAAACUUUUAAGUAUGCUAAUUUGUGGAAAGAUAAAGCGAAACAAGAUUUUCAAAUCGAAGAAAGCAACAUGAGCAUAAGAGAGAAAUUGUCUGCGGGUUUGGAGAACAUGAAGCCAAUAUUUCAAAAGCCCUUGUUGCUUUAUCUUAUUUUCUUUUGUUCAAUCAACUUUUUUACAAUGCAGCAAUACAACGUUUUAAGACUAUGGUUUCCUCAAUUAUCGACAAUCGUUGAAAAUUACCGUCACGACGGUUCUGAAGACUUCUGUUUUAUGUUAGAUGAAUACACUUCGGACCUUAGAGAUUUAGUGACAAAUACUACAGCAACAUGUGUUCCUGUACGCAGCGGUACUGAAACCUAUUUGAAUUCUGUCAUACUGGGCUGUAUUUGUUUCCUGCCUAACAUAAUUACAAGCUUGCUUGUGAAUAAAAUGGGAAAAAAGAACUUGCUUAUAAUUUGUGGCUUGAUUUCAACGGGUUGUACAGUUGGUUUGCGAUGGGCAGCGUCUAAAACAGCGCUGGUAUCAUUAUUCUCAACUGAUGUAUCAGCUGCCAGGGCAAUGAUAAGUCUUACUCAGGCUAUGGUUCUGGAGUACUUUCCAACUAGUUGCAGGUCGCUAGCAAUGAGUUUCAUUAUGAUGUCGGGUCGCACUGGGACCUUAUUUGGGAAUGUCAUGUUUCCAAUAUUGCUCAACAUUGGAUGUGUUGUACCACUAUUUUCUUUGGCAUCCCUUUUAUUUGGUAUUACUUCGUUGACGUUAUUUUUACCAGCCAAGAAAAAUGAUAGAUGAAGACGAUAAUAAUUAAAAUUAUUAUAUAAUAAAGUAUUUUUUUCAUCAUA